AUGCCAUUGAGCUGGACAUUGGGUCUCCCCAUAUUGACCCUUCUAUCAUUUCCUGCAGUCAUUCAGUCAAAGGCCGUCUUUGCCCAUUUUAUGGUCUCAAACACAGAGAACUACACCCUGAGCGACUGGCACUCAGACAUAGCGCUCGCAAAAGCCGCUCAUAUCGACGCCUUCGCGCUGAACGCCGGGUAUGGACAAAACGAAAACGCCCGCUCCUUCCGCAACGCUUUCACCGCCGCCUCUGAGCUCGACUUCAAACUCUUCUUCUCGCUCGACUACUCCGGUGACGGACACUGGCCAAAAGACCAGGUCAUCUCUCUGCUCGAGAACUACACAACCCAUGAAGCAUACUUUAGACAUACUGACGGCAGGGCGCUGAUUACCACAUUCGAGGGCUUUGAGGCAGCGAACGACUGGGCCGAGAUCAAGAAGGAGAUCGCUCAGACGGUUGGGAACGAGACCUGCUGCGUGCUCAUACCAGAUUGGACGUCUGCCGGCCCUGAGAAGGCCGCUAAAGUCCCCGCGAUUGACGGUCUGAUGAGUUGGGAGGCGUGGCCGUACGGCAACGAAAAGAUGAACACAACGCGGGACGAGCAGUACAUGUCGCUCCUAGGCGAAAGGCCCUACAUUAUGCCGGUGAGCCCCUGGUUCUACACGAAUCUGCGGCAAUUCCACAAGAACUGGGUAUGGCAGGGCGAUGACUUGUGGUAUACACGGUGGCAGCAGGUCCUGGAGCUGCAGCCGGCGUACGUCGAGAUCCUGACAUGGAAUGAUUACGGCGAAAGCCAUUAUAUCGGCCCUGUGAGGCGUGACGCGACGAGGGUCAUCGCCGAAGGUGCCCCGUUUGAUUAUGUGAGUGGGAUGGAACAUGAUGGGUGGAGGAGUCUGCUUCCCUAUCUGAUAGCACAAUAUAAGAACGGGAAGAACCGGGAGGAUGUUGAGAUUGCUGAAGAGACCCUAAGUGUCUGGUAUCGGCUCUCUCCUGCUGACGCGUGCGAUUCCGGCAAAACAAGCGGGAAUAGCAAGAGCUCUCAUCAAGCUGUUAUGGAGCCGGGGGAUAUACUGCAGGAUAGGGUCUUCUACUCGGCCGUGCUGGAGGAGGAUGCAGAUGUGGCUGUCGCAGUAGGGAGCGUGAACCAGAGCGCCCAGUGGACCAACACGCCAGAUAGAGCGAGAGGAGUGUAUCAUGGGUCUGUCCCCUUUGGUGGGAGGGUCGGAGAGGUUGUGGUGACCUUGUCGCGUGCCGAGAAGGUUCUGGUGCAGAUGAAGGGGAAGCCGAUUGACGAUCAAUGUCUGGGGAAUCACACUAACUGGAAUGCCUGGGUUGGGAAUGCCACGGCUGUGAAACGGGGUGGGAGUGGCAUUGGCGACGGGGAUGAAGUGGGAGAUGCAGAGACAGGGAGUGGGAUGGCUAUACAGAUGGCUUCACUGUGGUUAACGGGCCUAGCCCUGCUCUCUUGCCUGAUAUGA